AUGGAAGAUUUUGACUUGGUGAAAACUUUACAAAAGACGUCUCCAUCUUCUGAAGAAUCUGAUAACAAAAAUUGCCCCCAUUGUCAUGGACUGAACUUAAAUACUAAUCGAAGUAGUCCCCACCUUAGUACAAAUGGGGUAUCCUCUUUCUCAGGGAAGACCAGACCGUCUGUAAUUCAAGGGACAGUUGAAGUCCUAACCUCUUUAAUGCAAGAACUACAAACCAGUGGAAAGACCGAUUCGGCACUUUGGAAAAACUGUGAGACUCGGUGGUUACAACUAUUCAAUUUGGUGGAAAAGCAGUGUCAAGAACAGAUAGUUGUGCAGCAGGAACAGUUCCACAACCAAAUUCAACGUAUACAAGAAGAGAUCAAAAACUUAGUGAAGUUACAGCUCAGUAACGCUUCCUGGGUUCCCUGUGAUAGUUCUUCAAGCAAACAAAUAACGUACGAAAGUCAAAUGGGUUUUUUUUCGGAAAACAGUGAAAAAAAUGAUUCUGUGCUCAGUUUUUCUAAGUCUAAAGAACCUGAAAUGCAUCAAGAACCGUUCCCAUCACAACCAGACUGCAACAUGGAUAGCAGCUCAGUGAGCAGUGGGUAUGGUACCUUCUGCAUUUCAGAACUGAAUAGCUGCAAGCCACAAGACCCUAAAGAGUUCAUGGAGACCACAGAGCUUCUUAAAGGGCCGUAUGUGGCACCUGUGGUACAGGCAGCUCCGUUUGCUGAGAGUGUGAAAAACCAGAGUUUCUGCAUACACACCACUGGAGAGUCCAGUGCAUUGUUCAAGAAGGAGAUUUCUGUGUUUCCCAGUGGAUUUGAACACAAUUUUCUCAAUGAAAAUAAGAUUUCUGAAGUAUAUAGUGGAAAAACAAAUAGUAAAUCUAUAACAUCCUGGGCACAGAAGCUGAAGCAGAACCAACCAAAGAGAGCACUUGUAGAAGAGGAAUGUUCAAAACCAGUGCAAGGAAAUGAGCAAACGAAGUCACCAACUGAGCACCCUGGUUUCACCGCUGCUACACAUUCUCCUGCUUUUUACCUCAAUAAGCCAGAUGAAAGUCCAAAUUCCUGGAUAUCUGAAUCAGGAACAGGACUGACUUACUGGAAGCUGGAGGAGAAGGACAUGUACCAUUCCCUGCCUGAGGCCUUAGAGAAGACCUCUGUACCAUCCUCCUGCACGGAGCUCUCGUCAAGCCAGUCUAAUACUAGUAAUGAGAUGAAGCUACCAUCACUGAAGGAUAUUUAUCAUAAAAAACAAAGGGAAAACAAGCAGUUACCUGAGCGGAAUCUCACCUCUGCUUCCACUCCAAACCAUCUACCUGAGGUACUGACUCUUGAUCCCACAUUACACAUGAAGCCAAAGCAGCAGAUUUCAGGGACUCAACCUCAUGGCUUUGUGAACAUCCUCGAUGACCGAGUUUCAUUUUCACCAGACUCUGUUCUUGAACCUAGUGUAUCUAGUCACUCUGACAUAGACUCAUUUUCUCAAGCAAGUAAUAUUGCUUCUCAGUUAUCUGGAUUCCCAAAGUACCCUUCAAACAUGAAGACUUCCCCGGUGGACUCUUGGAAAAGCCAUGCAUUCCAAAAUGAAAGUAGGACCAGUUCCACGUUUCCUUCAUUGUAUACUGUCACUAGCAAUGACAUCUCGGUCAACACUGUAGAUGAAGAAAACACUGUCAUGGUAACUUCAGCCUCAGUCAGUCAGUCCCAGCUUCCAGGUACAGCCAACAGUGUCCCAGAAUGCAUUUCAUUGACUUCCUUGGACGAUCCUGUGAUAUUGUCUAAGAUUAGGCAGAACCUGAAAGAAAAGCAUGCUCGACACAUAGCGGAUCUUCGCGCAUAUUAUGAAUUAGAAAUAAGUGGUUUGAAACAGAAGCUGGAGGCGAAAGAGAUUUCUGCAGUUGAAGAGUGGAAGAAAACCAAUCAAAUUCUUGUAGACAGAUGUGGCCAAUUAGACAGUGCUCUCAAUGAAGCUACCAGUUGUGUGAGAACACUUGAAAAUCAGAAUAACCUACUGGAAAUAGAAGCAAAUGAUUUAAAAGAACGCUUCAGUGCAGCCAGCAAUGCCUCGAAAAUUUUACAGGAGCGGAUUGAGGAAAUGAGAACGAGUAAUAAAGAAAAAGAUAACACCAUCAUUCGGCUAAAAUGUAGACUUCAGGAUGUGGAAGACGCAUUUGAGAAUGCUUAUAAGCUCUCAGAUGAGAAAGAAGCCAGACUGAAGCAAGAAAGCAAGAUGUUUCAAAAUCUUUUAGAAGAGUAUGAAUCCCUGGGAAAAGAGCACGAAAGAGUGAAGGAUAUAUUAAAUACAACUGAGAACAAAUUGCUUGAUGCACAUACUCAGAUAUCUGACUUAAAAAGAACCAUUUCAAAGCUGGAAGCUCAGGUCAAGCAAGUAGAGCAUGAAAACAUGUUAAGCCUUCGUCACAACUCUACAACUCACAUGAGACCCUCACGUGCCAACACCCUGUCAGCUUCUGACGUCAGCAGGCGCAAGUGGUUGCUGCCAGGCGCUGAGUACUCCAUCUUCACGGGCCAGCCUUUGGACAUCCAGGAGCAGCAGGCGGGCAGCCAGCGGGAGGAAACCUGUGCUUCUGGGUACCAUUCGCCUCCAGAGAAAGAGUCUCCACCUGAAGAUUCUCCAGCAAGUGUUUUGUUAAAAAAACAGAGAGGGACUUUAGACUCCCCAAUCAUGAAAGCUUUAAAAGAACUGGAUGAGGAAAAAAUAUUUAAAAACUGGGGCACACAGACAGACAAAGAGGAGGCCUCAAAUAGUAAUUCCCGACCAACAGAAACAGCAGUUGGUACCAGUCGAUCCCCUGAGAAAUGUGCCCAACAAAGACAAAAGCGAUUAAAUUCUGCAUCUCAGAGGUCAUCCUCUUUACCACCGUCAAACCGGAAGUCAAACACUCCAACAAAACGAGAGAUUAUGUUAACACCAGUGACUGUGGCUUACAGUCCAAAGCGAUCCCCUAAAGAGAAUUUGUCUCCAGGAUUUAGUCAUCUGCUUAACAAAAAUGAAAGCCCAGUUCGAUUUGCUAUACUUUUGGAUGGCCUAGAUACUGUUCCUGUGUCUACACUGCAACGUUCCAAUGCAAAGAAACAGCUCCAGUUUCUUCCUCUAGAUGCCAUGGAAGAAGAAAAAUAUUCAGAAAAAGCCUCUGGCAACCAUGAUAAUCAUAGCUACUGCCCCGAACCAUCAGCAGACGGAAUGAAGAAAGCACAUGUGCAGUCAGCCUGGGAGAAGAAUCAAUCGGUUCUCUCUGAGCACUGUACGCCUGCUUCAGGAACACCGCAGUCUAACAAUUUUGAAUAUACAGCAAAAAUUAGGACCUUGGCUGAAACAGAGCGAUUUUUUGAUGAGCUCACAAAAGAAAAAGACCAGAUUGAGGCAGCGCUAAACCGGAUGCCUGCUACUGGGGGGCGGGUCACUUUGCAGACACGAUUGAACCAGGAAGCAUUGGAAGAUCGCUUGGAAAGGAUUAAUCGAGAACUGGGUUCAGUUCGUAUGACACUAAAGAAAUUUCAUGUUUUGCGCACCUCUGCAAAUCUCUGA